CUCGUCGGCGGGAGCGCGCGGAGUGGCUGGGGUGCCGGGCGAGCCAUGCCCACCAACUUCACCGUGGUGCCUGUGGAGGCGCGGGCGGACGGCGGCCAGGAUGAGGGUCCCGAGCAGACGGAGGCGCCGGGCCCCCCCGAGGGCGGUGAGCCCAACUGCCCGAGCCAGGGAGAUGGAAACCCCGGGGAGAACAGCCCGUUCAUCGGCAGCGUGGACGUGGACGGAGAGAGAGCCUUUGAAAGGAAGAGCAUGGCGCUCUUUGAGGAGGAGAUGGACAGCAACCCCAUGGUGUCCUCGCUACUCAACAAGCUGGCCAACUACACCAACCUGAGCCAGGGCGUGGUAGAACACGAGGAGGCCGAGGACAGCCGGCGGCGCCAGGCCAAGAGCCCCCGCAUGGGCACCCUCAUUGGCGUCUACCUGCCGUGCCUGCAGAACAUCCUGGGUGUCAUCCUCUUUCUGCGCCUGACCUGGAUCGUGGGAGCGGCCGGCGUCCUGGAGUCCUUCCUCAUCGUGUCCAUGUGCUGCACCUGCACGAUGCUGACCGCAAUCUCCAUGAGUGCGAUCGCGACCAAUGGCAUGGUCCCAGCGGGCGGCUCCUACUACAUGAUAUCGCGGUCUCUGGGGCCGGAGUUCGGGGGGGCCGUGGGCCUCUGCUUCUACCUGGGCACCACGUUCGCGGGGGCCAUGUACAUUUUGGGGACCAUUGAGAUUUUUUUGACCUACAUCUCCCCCAGCGCGGCCAUCGUGCGGGCUGAGGGCGCAGGCGGCGAGGCCACAGCCCUGUUACACAACAUGCGAGUGUACGGGACCUGCACGCUGGCCCUCAUGGCCACGGUGGUCUUCGUGGGCGUCAAGUACGUCAACAAGUUGGCCCUGGUGUUCCUGGCCUGCGUCGUGCUGUCCAUCCUUGCCAUCUAUGCCGGCGUCGUCAAGACCGCCUUCGACCCACCUGACAUCCCGAUCUGUCUGCUGGGGAACCGCACGCUGUCCCGACGUAGCUUCGACGUCUGUGCCAAAGUCCACGCCACCAACAACGGCUCGGCGACCACUGCGCUCUGGAGCCUCUUCUGCAACGGAUCCACGGCCAGCAUCUCCUGCGACCAGUACUUUGCCCAGAACAACGUCACGGAGAUCCAGGGCAUCCCCGGUGUGGUUAGCGGCGUCCUCCUGGAUAACCUGUGGAGUGCCUACGCGGACAAGGGGGUGUUUGUGGAGAAGAAGGGCGUGCCCUCGGUGCCCGUGCCGGAGGAGAGCAGAGCCAGCGGGCUGCCCUACGUGCUCACUGACAUCACGACCUACUUCACCAUGCUGGUCGGCAUCUACUUCCCCUCCGUGACUGGCAUCAUGGCGGGCUCUAACCGGUCCGGGGACCUCAAGGACGCCCAGAAGUCCAUCCCCAGUGGAACCAUUCUGGCCAUCGUGACCACGUCUUUCAUUUACCUGUCCUGCAUUGUGCUUUUCGGGGCUUGCAUCGAAGGCGUGAUCUUACGAGAUAAGUUCGGGGAGGCCCUGCAGGGGAACCUCGUCAUUGGCAUGCUGGCCUGGCCGUCCCCCUGGGUCAUCGUCAUCGGGUCCUUCUUCUCCACCUGCGGGGCUGGCCUGCAGAGCCUGACAGGGGCCCCACGCCUGCUGCAGGCCAUCGCCCGGGAUGGCAUCAUCCCUUUCCUGCAGGUGUUUGGCCACGGGAAGGCCAACGGGGAGCCCACGUGGGCCCUGCUGCUGACGGCCCUGAUCUGUGAGACCGGCAUCCUCAUCGCCUCUCUGGACAGUGUGGCUCCCAUUCUCUCCAUGUUUUUCCUCAUGUGUUACAUGUUCGUGAACCUGGCCUGCGCCCUGCAGACCCUGUUGCGCACGCCCAACUGGCGCCCGCGCUUCAAGUAUUACCACUGGACCCUCUCCUUCCUGGGCAUGAGCCUGUGCUUCGCCCUGAUGUUCAUCUGCUCCUGGUACUACGCGCUCUGCGCCAUGCUCAUUGCCGGCUGCAUCUACAAGUACAUCGAGUACCGUGGGGCCGAGAAGGAGUGGGGCGACGGCAUCCGGGGGCUGUCGCUGAACGCUGCCCGCUACGCCCUGCUGCACGUGGAGCACGGCCCCCUCCACACCAAGAACUGGAGGCCGCAGGUGCUGGUGCUGGUGAACCUGAACGCCGAGCGGUGCGUGAAGCACCCCCGCCUGCUGUCCUUCACCUCGCAGCUCAAGGCCGGCAAGGGCCUGACCAUCGUGGGCUCCGUGCUAGAGGGCACCUUCCUGGACCAGCAUGUGGAGGCCCGGCAGGCCGAAGAGAACAUCCGGGCCCUGAUGGGCACCGAGAAGGCCAAGGGCUUCUGCCAGCUGGUGGUGUCGUCCAGCCUUCGGGACGGCAUGUCCCACCUGAUCCAGUCGGCCGGCCUGGGGGGCAUGAAGCACAACACGGUACUCAUGGCCUGGCCCGAGGCCUGGAAGCGGGAGGACAGCCCCUUCUCCUGGAAGAACUUCGUUGACACCGUCCGUGACACCACGGCGGCGCAGCAGGCCCUGCUGGUGGCCAAGAACGUGGAUCUGUUUCCGCAAAACCAGGAGCGCUUCAGCGACGGGCACAUCGACGUGUGGUGGAUCGUGCAUGACGGCGGUCUGCUUAUGCUGCUGCCCUUCCUGCUGCGACAGCACAAGGUGUGGAGGAGGUGCCAGAUGCGCAUCUUCACGGUGGCCCAGGUGCACGACAACAGCAUUCAGAUGAAGAAGGACUUGCAGACGUUCCUGUACCACCUGCGCAUCAGUGCCGAGGUGGAGGUGGUGGAGAUGGUGGAGAACGACAUCUCGGCCUUCACCUACGAGCGGACGCUGGUGAUGGAGCAGAGGUCACAGAUGCUAAGACAGAUGCGGCUGUCCAAGACGGAGCAGGAGCGGGAGGCUCAGCUAAUCCACGACAGGAAUACCAUCUCCCACUCUGCUGUGGCUGCCAAGACCCAGGCCCCGUGCGCGCUGGACAAGGUGCAGAUGACCUGGACGAAGGAGAAGCUGGUCGCCGAGAAGUACCGGAACAAGGACACCAGCGUGUCCGGGUUCAAGGACCUCUUCAGCCUGAAGCCAGAAUGGGGAAGCCUGGACCAGUCCAACGUGCGGAGGAUGCACACGGCUGUGAAGCUCAACGGCGUCGUCCUUGACAAGUCCCAGGAUGCCCAGCUGGUCCUGCUGAACAUGCCGGGCCCCCCCAGAAACCGGCAGGGGGACGAGAACUACAUGGAGUUCCUCGAGGUCCUGACUGAGGGGCUGAACAGGGUCCUCCUGGUUAGGGGCAGCGGCCGGGAGGUGGUCACCAUCUACUCCUAACGUUCGGCCGCACUGGGGAUGUGCCCGGUGGGUGUGCGGAUGGCGCCGCGAUGCUUGCUGACCAGCACCUGAAUGCCACCGGGGGCUCUCCUGUCCAGGCCAAGAGCCGGCACGUGACUCAAGGUUUCCUCGUGGCCGAGGGGAGGCGCGAAGCCCUCGUGCCCCCCUUGCCCCCCGCCCCGGCGAGGCUGGCCGUGACCUGGGACAUGGCUGGCCGUGACCUGGGACAUGGCUGGCCGUCUGGUGGUGACAGAGGAGGUGGGAAGCCCCUUGGAUUCUAGAAUCAAUUUCCCUGGGUUGGAUCUUUGGGCUGUCGUGCAGUUACAUUCACUCAGAUCCCCCCGACCAGGGUGCCUGCGAGAAGCCGCACAGACUGAGGUUGAGCCUCGGCAGCUGAGGGCUCCGUGCAGGCUCCUCAGGCGGCCCGGGCUCAGGCAUCGGGACUUCCCAGCUGGGUGUCCGCCUGCGUUUAUGCUCCGGGAACCUGCAGGCAAAGAGGGGGAGCCUUCGGGGCUGGGAGCGCCACACACUUUAGCAUCUGACAUGCGCCUGCCCCUGUGAUCUCAGUUUCCACACUUCACGCUGGAGAAACGGACGAGGCUGCAGCCGCGGGAGGGCGUGUGGCGUCAGCAGCUACAGCGCCCGGCUGUCAGCUGAGCCUGUGUGUCCCCUCCCACCGGCACCGGCACCGGCACCGACGGCGGUCCCAGCUGUGUUGAGGGCGCUGACAGGUGGUCCCAGCCACAUCGAGGGCACUGACACGAUACCUUCCAAUGAUCCUGGACUGUUUGCACUUUACACGCGUGAUCACGACCAUUGUACAUUGUCGCAGUAAUUUGUGCCUCACUUUCCCAAUGGCUUAUUUAUUUAUUUAAACACCUGGGGGAGUUUGAGUGAUAAAAGUUGACCAUAAGGAGAUAGCUUCUGUGAAAGGGGCUCCAAACAGAGCAGCCAUUGGCCUUCUCUGGCUUCCGUGGGCUCCCAAGGGAAUCGGCCUGGUGCAUGGAUUUCAGGUUAGGCAGGGGCUAAGCAUGUGCUUCCAGACGCUUCUGAGGGGUGGCUGGGCAGCGUUCGGCGGCCACAGCGUGUGCCAAAUGCCACAGCUGGGCUGGGGAGUGGGGGGUCUUGGGUCAGUGCUGAGUUAGGCAGUGAAAGCCACCUCAGUGGCCUCCAGACCCGUCGCGCAUCUGGGGAGGGGCCCGCCAGUCCCUCUCCUAAGUCACAUGACCCCGGCUCACGUGGAACGGAGGUGCCCGCGCCCUCCACCUGCUUCCUGCUGUGUCCGUCUACACGGGGCAUCCUUUCCAUACUGUCAACUGUGUAACCGUAACUGCAGCCAUUUUAAAGUUGAUUUCAUGUUUUCCUUUUUUAGGUCCUUUGUAUGAUUUUGUUAGUAGAAGAAUAAAAUUGUAUAAAAUCUGAGUA